GAUUCGCUCUACCUAGGCUAGGCUAAGAAGAGAGAGAAAAAAAGAGAAGGUGAGGAGGUGUUGGUGUCGUUACCCUUUCCCCACCUGGAAUGUAGAGAAAACCCUAGUUGUUAUCUCCGUUUCUCCAACUCUUUCUCUUUCUCUCUCUCUGGAAUUUUCAAAACUUUCGUCCUGUUUUGUGUAAUCAAUUUUCCAAACCUAUAGUCACAGCAUAUGAAUAUAGGGUUAUAGAUAUAUAAUAGAGAAGGAAAGGGAAAUGUACAGAGAUCGAGGAGGAGGUUCUUCAACGAUGGAUCGGAAGCAGAGAAUAAACGAAGCAUUAGAUAAGAAGUUGGAGAAGUCGUCUUCAGCAUCUACGUCCAAGGCUGGAGUUGUCAGUGCAAAAUUGCAUCAGCGUCAUCAUAAUAAUAAUCAUAUAGAUCAGCGUGACACUCUCUCUUCCACAAAAAAUAAGUGCGACGAUGAGGAAUCUGAAUCAGACAGUGAAGAGUCUGAAGUUAGUGGUUCUGAUGGAGAGGACACAUCAUGGAUUUCUUGGUUUUGUAACCUGCGUGGGAAUGAGUUCUUCUGUGAGGUUGAUGAUGACUACAUUCAAGAUGAUUUUAACCUCUGUGGAUUGAGUGGUCAAGUUCCAUACUAUGACUAUGCACUUGACCUAAUCCUUGAUGUUGAAUCCUCUCAUGGUGAUAUGUUCACUGAAGAGCAAAAUGAAUUGGUUGAAUCAGCAGCAGAGAUGCUGUAUGGCUUGAUCCACGUCCGGUAUAUUUUGACUAGCAAGGGAAUGGCUGCAAUGUUGGAGAAGUACAAGAACUACGACUUUGGGAGAUGCCCACGAGUUUAUUGCAGUGGACAGCCUUGUCUUCCAGUCGGUCAGUCUGAUAUUCCGCGCUCAAGUACUGUAAAAAUUUACUGUCCAAAAUGUGAAGAUAUCUACUAUCCUCGAUCAAAGUACCAAGGCAAUAUUGACGGAGCUUACUUUGGGACAACGUUUCCCCACCUCUUUUUGAUGACUUAUGGACACCUCAAGCCGCAAAAGCCAACGCAGAGUUAUGUUCCCAGGGUAUUUGGUUUUAAGAUCCAUAGGACUUGACAUUGAAGGUCCUCUGUGAAAUGUGAUUGAGAUUACAUAGUUUCUUUCUGCCAGUAAAUGGUUCUUACCUGACAUUUAUGUACACAAUUCGUCAUGGUAGAACCAGGUAAUGUGGAGUUGUUAAUGUCCCAAGUUUCAUUGGUGAAAAAAGUUAACUGUAGCCAAUCUUUUAAGUGAAAUUCCCCCCCUAAAUUUCUUUUGUAAUCUUAUUUCUUUUUCCAGUUCUUAUUGACAUGUGCUUCCUCAUGUA